UUACGUAGCCAAAUACAGGAAAGGGGACGUUCUACUUGAUACCCGGAAGUAGGCGAUGUAAAGAGUAACUUGUUGUUCGCUGCGUAACUCUUCACAACAACAAAAAGUACAUUUGCGACCUGAAUUAUCCGAAAUGGGAACUACUGCAAGUCAACUUGGGAAGGAUAUGCUCUCAGAAUAUCAAGAGCUGACUUUCUUGACAAAACAGGAAAUUCUUCUUGCCCACAAGAGAUUCACUGAACUGCUCACUAAAGAUGAAAAGGACCUUCCAAAUACCAGAGUGCCAAUGGAUAGGAUUCUCACUCUGCCAGAGCUCAAGUCCAACCCUUUCAGGAAAAGAAUCUGCGAUGUAUUCUCAACAUCUGAAUACAAAGAUGGAGGCCUCACAUUUGAGGACUUCCUGGAUCUCCUAAGUGCCUUCAGUGACUCUGCUACUCUGGAAAUCAAAUCCCACUAUGCAUUCCGUAUAUUUGACUUUGACGAUGAUGGAACUCUUGAUUGUGGCGAUCUGGAGAAGUUGGUAAACUGCCUCACCGGUGAGACAGACGACACAAGGCUUACUCCUGAAGAAAUGAGACAGCUCAUUAACAAUAUUCUGGAAGAGUCAGAUAUUGACAAGGAUGGGACUGUGAACCUCUCAGAGUUUCAGCAUGUCAUUUCAAGAUCUCCAGAUUUUGUCAGUUCUUUCAAGAUUGUGCUGUGAAGACCUCAUGGGCUGUGGCAAUGGAUCACCCUUUAACUCUCAUAUGGUGUUUCAUUUACAAUUAGAACACUUUUAGAUAUUUGCCUUAAAUUAUACUGUAUUUUAUUGCCGUAACUAUUUUAUGGAUCAUUUGUAAAAUGUAAAAACCUGUGAUUUUUUUAUUUCUAUAAAGAAAAUAAAAAAUAUUUUCAAGAA